AUGGCGACUCAAAGCCAAAGAGGGGUUGACGACGCUGAUGCUGGUGCUCCUGCACACGCUAGGGGUACGGGAGAGAUGGGAGAAGAGGAUUUCUUGAAUGCCUCGAUAGAGAGUGACUCGGUACUGCUGAGGAGGAUGUGGCAGAACGAGAAAGCGGCGCCGGAUAUUCUUCCGUACGAAACCGAGCUGGUGGAGCGGACUAAAGCGAGGCUAGAAGAGCUGGAGGAGAUGGUUGACGCGUUGAAGGGGGAUGGACGCAAAGCCAUGGAGAGGGAGCUUCACAUGAUGGACGUCGACAGAACCAAGUACCUGCUCAGAGCGUACCUUAGGUGUAGAAUACAGAAGAUCGACCGCUUCUUUCUGCACUUUGCUGGCGAGGAGAGCUACCACAGCCGGCUGUCAGAUGGAGAGCAGCGUUACUGCGACAGGCAGGUAGAUCUGGUGCAGGCGCAUCUGGACAGGACUGCGCUCACGCGCCUGCCACGCCGCUACCAGUCCAUCCUGAAGCAGGCGGACUCGAGCGAAACACCAGAUAUGAUCCCCACUCCCGACCUCGACACUUUUGUGUUCUGUGUGGCCACUCGCCCUCUGCCGUCUGUCCAGCUGGACCCCGA